ACUCCAUUUCCCAGAGCGCCCCGCGGACGGCAACUCCCAUCUUCCACAGCACCCGGCGCCCAUCCCCCUGCGCCUACCGGACCGGACGCUUGGGCCUGUCCCCCGCGCCGUGGGCGGCGGCUUUGCCCGGACGGCUUGGUGGUCUCGGCGGCGGCGCGAUGGACAGUCCCGAGGUCACCUUCACGCUGGCCUACUUGGUGUUCGCCGUGUGCUUCGUGUUCACGCCCACCGAGUUCCACUUGGCCGGGCUCACGGUGCAGAACCUGCUGUCGGGCUGGCUGGGCAGCGAGGACGCUGCCUUCGUGCCCUAUCACCUGCGCCGCACGGCUGCCACGCUGCUGUGCCACUCGCUGCUGCCGCUGGGCUACUACAUGGGCAUGUGCUUUGCAGCCUCGGAGAAGCGGCUCUACUCCCCUAGCCAGGCCCCUGAGGCCUGGCAGCUCUACCUCCUGCUGGCGGUGACCCUGCCCACCAUCGCUUGCACCCUCAUCUACUACUGGUCCUGGGACCGGUGGGCCCGCCACCCGCUGGCCCGCACCCUGGCCCUCUAUGCCCUCCCACAGUCAGGCUGGCGGGCUGUUGCUUCCUCGGUUAACACUGAGUUCCGGAGGAUUGACAAGUUUGCCACCGGGGCACCGGGUGCCCGUGUGAUCGUGACGGACACGUGGGUGAUAAAGGUGACCACAUACCGUGUGCACGUGGCCCAGCAGCAGGAUGUGCACCUGACCGUGACAGAGUCACAGCAGCAUGAGCUGUCGCCGGACUCGAACCUGCCUGUGCAGCUCCUCACCAUCCGUGUGGCCAGUGCCAGCCCUGCCGUGCAGGCCUUCGACAUCCGGCUGAACUCCACGGAGUAUGGUGAGCUGUGUGAGAAGCUACGGGCACCCAUCCGCAGCGCAGCCCACGUGGUCAUCCGCCAGAGCCUGAAUGACCUCUUCCUGGAUACGUUUGCCUCCCUGGUGGACGCCAACCCGGCCUACUCGGUCCCCAGCAGCCAGGAGCUGGAGGCAUGCAUUGGCUGCAUGCAGACACGUGCCAGUGUGAAGCUGGUGAAGACUUGCCAGGAAGCAGCUGACGGCGAGUGCCAGCAGUGCUACUGCCGCCCCAUGUGGUGUCUCAUCUGCAUGGGCAAGUGGUUCGCAAGCCGCCAGGACCCGCAGCACCCUGAAACCUGGCUGGCCAGCCGCGUGCCCUGCCCCACUUGCCGUGCACGCUUCUGCAUUCUGGACGUGUGCACCGUGCGCUGAGUUGGCCAGCCCUGCCAGGGCCCCCACUGCUGCCUCCAGGCCGGGGCUCCCCUAGCUGCAGGAGGGUGAGGGCUUUCAUUCAGAAAGGAAGUUCUCAGCUGAAGCUCUGGCAGCCGCAGUGGGCUGGGUCUUCAGCGCCCCUGCCUCCUGUUUCCCACUUCUCCGGGUACGGCUGUGUGCCCGUCACAGAGAACACGGCCUUGGGCCCAUCUCCAGAGUAUUCCGGGGGCCCCUGAGCUGUCUUUUCGGAGGACCUGGGGUGUGCCACCGAUGGCCCUAACUUGGGCCACUUGCCUUAAUUUUAUGGAGCACAUGUGCCCCCCGGUUACACGCCAGACUUAGUUUCAUUCAAGACCAGCUAUGGUCAGUCCUACUUUUGUUCUCAAGCUGGCUGCUGGCCUCACGGAAGCUGCUCUGAGGACCUUAGGCAGACUGACAGUGGAGACGAGACCUGGGGUGCCACUCCAGGGUGAGAGCACUGCCUGGGGUUUCCUGGUGGCUGGUUUUGGGUGAGGUGGCCCCUACCUGCUCCCUGCCCAGGGAGACCCCAGGCUUCCUAUAGGCCUGGGAGAGGGACUGGCUGCUCCCUUAGCUGUGUGCUUGUGGGGGCCACCUAUCCCCUGGAGGGGUAUGCGCCUAUGUGCCUUCUGCUGCCCCUGAGAGUCCAGGAAAAGGCCAAGCUUCAGGUUCUCUGCUGGGGGGCACUGACCUGAAGAGCAAGCACCACAGUGACACCCUACAUCUACAACAGACCUGUCAGGAUGCAGCACAUGGCUGGCCACAGCCCCACAGGGUCCAUCUGGUUUAGAAGGGGGCAGGCCCAGUGAUCAAGGUACUGAUGGGUGUCUUACCAUUUCCUGGCGGUGCAGGUGGGGAUGGGGGAGGCCUGUGCCAGGCCCUAGGUCCAGCUCUCAACAGGCACGGCUGCUGGAACCCUCACACUUGGCUCUAAGUUCCCUAAAACUGGCUAUUUGAAGAGUUCUGGUCCCAGCUGGUCUCACUCACCCAAGGCCAUACUAUGCCCUGGGGAUUUGGGAGCAGAGAAUUUGUGGGCCCCUGGAGUGCUGAGCAGAUGGGGAAACGGGAGUGGGGAGCAGCUAGAAGCCUUGCGCUGCCUCAGCCUGGAGUUUCAUGUGCUGCCAAGGGAGGGCUGGUAUGGGCUUUUGCUACAAAAGAAAGUUACUUAGUUUUAUAAAGAGAAGCCUUAUUGUAGCUAAGUGAUAUUAGUGUCUAAUAAAAGUGUUAGCCUCAAGUUA